GAGCACCCUAGAGAUGGGGAAGUUUGGAUGUUGUUUGCGGGCUCCCGUGGAAGAGAUUACUACAUUAGAUUACCGCCACUCAGGACUAGAACAUGUGCCUGCUGAAGUGUUUAACUCAGAAAGGACACUCGAGGAGCUGUUCCUGGACUCAAACUCCAUAAGAGAUUUACCAAGAGAAUUAUUUUACUGCCAUGGACUGCAGAAGUUGACUGUUGCUGACAAUGAGGUGACAGUGGUCCCUCCUGCCAUAGCCAGUCUCAUCAAUUUGAGAUAUCUGGACAUUAGCAAGAAUGGUAUCAUAGACCUUCCAGACCAGAUCAAACAAUGUAAGCUGUUACGCCAUGUUGAAGCAAAUAUUAACCCACUUGGGAAGCUACCAGAAGGGUUUACCCAGCUACUAUGUAUGACCCAUCUCUACCUGAAUGACUGCUUCUUGGACUACUUACCUGGCAACUUUGGAAGGCUAUCAAAACUGAAGAUUCUAGAGCUGAGAGAGAACCAUUUAAAAACACUGCCCAACAGUUUAUCAAGACUAACAGAGCUGGAGAGGCUGGACAUUGGGAACAAUGAAUUCACUGAACUGCCGGAAGUUGUCGGCCAUCUUUCUUCCUUACUGGAACUGUGGUGCGACUCUAACCAGAUCACCAAAUUACCAAAGGAGAUUGGAAAAUUAAAACAGUUGAUGUUCUUUGAUGCCAUGAAGAAUCGUAUUGAGAAGUUACCUUCAGAGAUAGAGGGUUGUGAAUCUCUCUCAGAUCUUCAUCUCUCACUUAACCUUAUCACUGAGUUACCAGAGUCCAUAGGUCGUUUGGAUAGUCUGACUACAUUGAAGGUAGAUGACAAUCAACUCACAUCCCUGCCAUUCUCAAUAGGAGGGUUACAGUCACUAUCAGAAUUGAAUGUAAGCUGCAAUGAUAUUGAAGAAUUCCCUCCGAGCAUAGGCCUUAUACAACAUUUACGGACUCUCUAUGCCGAUGAAAAUUUCCUUGUAGACAUUCCACCAGAGUUGGGUAGCUGUAAAGGCCUGACUAUUCUGUCAGUACGGAGCAAUAAACUUACGUUCAUCCCUGAUGAGAUAGGACACAUUCCUAAACUCCGAGUGCUCAACUUAAGUGACAAUGCCAUACAGUAUUUACCAUUCAGCCUGACCAAGCUCAAGUAUUUGCAAGCAUUGUGGCUGGCAGAAAAUCAGUCGAAGCCACUUAUUAGACUUCAGACUGAGUUGAACUCUGAGACUGGACAGAGGAAACUUACAUGUUAUCUGUUACCACAGCAACCAUCUCAAGAAACUGAAGAGAUAUACAGUGACGGAGAUGCGGACAGUUUCCAUCCGUCAAUGUGGGAAGAAGAGAGAGCUGCUAAGCAACAGAUACACUUUGACUUUGGAGAUAUGAGUGAUGUUGAGGGUAAGCUGGAGAGAAAAGCAACCCCUUACCCCAAAGAGAUGAAGCAAAUACAGCGCCACCUGCAGAAUCUUGCCAUCAGGCAGUCUCAACCAGGAGCCACACCCUCCCCAGAGAGAACUAAUAAGCCAAAAGAGGAUGAAAGGUCUACUCAGAAUAAAGAGAAGCAGAUACGCCGUCAACAGUCCCCAGUUCAGAAACUAGACAAGAUGGAUGGGGUUCCAGGCAGGAGGCACUCUGGAGAAGGAACUGGGUCUUUGAAGAGAGUUAUUAAAGAUUCUAUCCCAGAACCUACGCCACAGAAGCCUGUCACAAGACCUGUGGUAACAAAACCUGUCACAUCAAGCACUGGUGUGACAUCAUCUGGAGCCUCAACCUCAAGGGGACGUACCCCUAUUCGAGAUGAUGAUGAUGGAGGGUUCUUGUCAAAUACAAAGGUUCGUGGUACGAGCCCUGCAUCCACUCAUAGAGCUCCACUGCCACAAUCUAGAAGCUAUAAUGAGAUAUCUGCAUCUCGUACUCCUCAAACGGAUCACUUAACCCCCAGUGGUAAAUACCCAGAGAGGCGUUCCGCCAAUAUGGCACACUUUCCCAACCCUGCGUUUAACAACAUGCAGAGUAUGGGUCACAGGAGAUAUAACAAAGCACAAAGGACAAGUGGAUAUAGCUCAGAUACAGGGUACCAACACAGGCCUGUAUCUGGCAGGGAUGGUUAUGGGAGCGAUUGGGAAGGCACACGGAGUGCUGUUAGUUCCUACGCCCCUGUACGUCCUCCCCAUGGAUCUGGUUACUCCAGUGAUGUUGACAUUAAGAGGGGGCCAGGGGGACACAGGGAUGGGUACACUAGUGACCUAGAUGGCUAUAACCCUAGGAGGUACAAUAUGUAUAGACCACCUCCAACACACCAACCAAGGGGGCAGCCUCAUCAACAAACACAUUCACAUAAUGGAUAUACCCCAACACUUCAGGGCCAUCAUGCCCCACAUAAUACACCAAACUAUGGCAAUAACUCAUAUAAUACAAAUACACGGACUACAAUAAGAAACGAUGAAAAGUAUGAUCCAAAUACUCGUACAGUAAACCCAUCCACAGUGCAACCUAUACCCAACCAUACUCCAUCCUCGCCAAAAUCUGAUAGAUACCCUACAAAUAGAAACUCAUCAGGAUACGGAUAUGAAUCAAAACGUAACCCGCCUUCUCCUAAAUCUGAUAGAUACCCCAUACAAACCAACCAUUGGAAUCAAAGUGCAGCAGAACGAAACCCUCCCUCCCCCAAAUCAGACAGAUUUGCUUAUAGAUACAAACCUAAUGUUGUAGAUAGCAAUAUGAACCAUCAGAAUUCCCCAUUGAAAGCAGACACAUAUACUCCAAACCAUAAACGAUCGAUGGAGAACCUUCAGGCUUAUCAAUUCAUGCCUGCGGUAAUCCCUGAGGAGGUUGAACGUAAAACACCCUCAAGGAAUUUAUUCGGAGAAAGCAAUAAUUUGAAUCGAUCCCGUAGUGAGCAACAUAUUGGUGAACCAACCAGGAGUCAGUUGGUAGACCCAAAUGAACCAAUCACAAUGACACCAAAUCGACCACAUUGGAAGAAGGAGCUAUACACUGCACUGGAGAGUAUGCAGAGAACCCCUCUUCAAAAUACCAGUAAGAGUAUGGGCAACUUGGCACAUGAUACAGCAGGAGAUGAUGAGGAAGUCUUCUCUCCCCUGCCACCCUAUAAAUCUGCCCCAGCCUACUCUCCACCUCGGACCCGGGUCAACUCUCAACCCCCUGAACCUCAAGCAUACCCACAAACACCAACAAAGCCCCAGAACACACCAGCCACUGGUCCUGGGUAUCAGUCACCUUCGAAACCAUCAUUCCAGACUCCUAAUAAAUACCAGAAUGCCAGUAAAUCAUUCCAGACCCCCACAAAGACAUUCCAGACCCCUGAUCAGGAGCUAGCAGGUUAUAUGAACCUUACAGCCCCUGGGAAUGUUAACACACAUCAGCAACCACCUUCACAUACCUCCGAAUCUCCCACAUCACAUACAUCUCAAGCUUCGUCACAAUCCCGCACCUACGAUCUCAGAAUUGAUCCCCCAGCAACAGAGCCUCUGAAUCUGACAACAAGAGGGCCAUUACAUAGCAACACAGAUUCAAUGAGUGAUCAAUCAAGGGGGUAUGAAACGGGGGAUAAAUCCUAUGAGACACAAUCUCAGGGUAGUGCCAAUCAUCCAUUUGAUACAGUCCCUCCACUGCAUAACCCGCAGAUGCACAGAUAUGAUGAUGUUGCAGCAUAUAAAACUGAACCCAAUUCCCAGGUUUCCAGUUCUACAGACAGUGGCUAUGGACACAUAUAUGAGAGACUUCAAGACUUCCAGAGAAAUGGUGGCACUGGUGGUCCAUUGUUUAACCGUGGGAUCAUGGCUCCCCCUAACCGAGUCCCCCCUUCACCUCCUACCCAUGGCACCAUGCUGCCCCCACCCUCAAGGGACCCCCCUAGUGUACCCUACUCUAGGGAGAGCACACCUCAGAAGGGAGAUUCUGGAUAUGAUGGGGAUUCUGUCGAUAUUAAGUUGACAUCAAAUACACUACAGUCACAACAGUCAAAACUAUUUACGGUGAAUGUUUCUAAGAACCCAGGGCUUGGUUUCUCUAUAGCUGGAGGUGUAGGUUCAGUAGGCAACCCAUUUGUACAUGGGGAUAUGGGUAUAUUUGUCACUAAAGUACAACCAGAAGGCCCUGCAGGAUUGCAGCUAAAGGCUGGCGAUAAGAUUAUUGAGGUUAAUGGGCAUGACUUUGUUGAUGUGCAGCAUGAGGUAGCUGUAUCUGUGUUGAAGAAUAGUGGAUCUGGAGUAACUAUGGUCAUACAGAGAGACUGAGCUAUUAUUAAGCAAAUGAAGAUUCAGUUGCCAUGGUGACCUAUAUAUUGACUGAGAAAAUGGUAAUACUAAGAGAUAUUGAGAGACCAAAAUUGAAUAAAACCAAUAAAAGGAUGUACAGAUAUAAAAACUAGAGUUUUAUUUUAAACAAAACCAGAAAGUUUGAAUUUACCAGGCCAGGACCAUCUUCAAGAUUAGAAGCUGAAUUGAGAUAACAGCUCUUGUAAGAUGCAUAUACUUUAUGUUGAUGAAUCAGAAUCAGACAUCAAGCAAUCUUAUCAUGAAAUACUCUUGUUUUACCGAAUUUUACUGAAUAUUAUAGUAGAUUUUGUAAUAUUUUACAUACAGUGUACAUGUACAUCAAAAUCUUACUUUUGCCAAAUGUAUUUUGUAAAUUCAUUUUAUACAUUGCACUUUGAAACUGUGAAAUCGACUA